AUGAAAAACCCAGACAGGAAUAAUCACUCUGGCUCUGUGAAUGAAUUUGUUCUCCUGGGCUUCCCAGGUUCUUGGGAAAUCCAGAUCUUCCUUUUCUCAUUAUUCUCUGUGACUUAUAUACUGACACUAAUUGGGAACAUGUCUAUCAUCUGUGCUGUAAGUUUAGACCAACAACUCCACACUCCAAUGUAUGUCUUAUUGGCUAAUUUCUCCUUUCUAGAGAUUUGGUAUGUCACCUCCACAGUCCCCAAUAUGUUGGUCAAAUUUCUCUCUGAGAAUAAAAUCAUCUCCUUCACUGGCUGCUUCCUCCAGUUCUAUUUCUUCUUUUCAAUGGGAACUACAGAAAUCUUUUUCUUGUCAGCCAUGGCCUGUGAUCGGUAUCUUGCUAUCUGUCAGCCCUUGCACUACCCCACCCUCAUGACUCUACAAAAAUGCCUAAGAAUGGCUGCUUGUUGCUGGGUUUGUGGUUUUCUCUAUUAUCUCCUCCCACUUUAUCUCAUCUCCCAGUUGCCUUUUUGCAAUCGCAAUGCAAUUGAUCACUUUAUUUGUGACCCAGGACCCCUUAUUGGGCUGUCCUGUGCUCCAGCACCUGUCACUGAAAUCACAUGUGCUGUCUUUAACUCAGUCCUCAUCUUCUCUACCUUCCUCUUCAUUACUAGUUCAUAUACAUUGGUACUUAAAGCUGUGCUGAAGUUGCCCUCAGCAGAAGGUCGACAUAAGGCAUUCUCCACAUGUGGCUCUCAUUUGUCAGUAGUGUCACUGUUCUAUGGCUCUAUUAUGGUUAUGUAUGUGAAUCCAACAUCUGGAAAUUCAGCUGGGAUCCAGAAGAUUGUGACAUUGUUCUACUCUGUCCUGACUCCACUCUUCAACCCACUGAUCUAUAGUCUCCGGAACAAAGAAAUGAAGAAAGCCUGA